CACUCCCACCAUUCCACAUUUCCACCGUUCCGUUCCGUUCCGCCGCCCCCAAUAUUCCCGAGUCGCCGUCCCCCACCCACCAUCUCCCGACGGCAACGUCCUCCUCCAGCCGGCCACCCCACCCACCUCUACCGGCGGCGCGAGGUCAGCGGGCAAUGGCGCCGCCCGGUUCGCGCCGGUGGGCGUACGUGCGGAUCAUGGCCGGCACCAUCCUCGGCGGCGGCCUCGGCUUCUACGUCAUGCACCGCAUCGAGACCUCCUACAAGGCCAAGAUGGAGGAGAGGCUGCAGAGGUACGAGGCGCACAUGCUCGCCAAGGCCAAGGAGGCGCAGGACGAGGGGCCCCGCGAGGACCAGGCGCAGCGCUUGCCGGACUUGUGAUCCACUCCUCUUCUCUUGAGGGCUGCCCCGCCUUCUCGAGCUGUUAGUUGUCUGUUUGCAGAACAUGAUCCAGCGGCACACAUCAUCCACACUGUUUCCCUAGAAGUAUCUGCCAUGUACUUCCCGCAUCUAUGCUUUGGUUAUAAAGAUGAACAUGAAAAAGUACAUCUUCCUUUUUGUAAAGAAUGAGGGUAGCAUCAGCUGAGACUUAUGGUAAACUGCAAGUCUUUACUGUAAGAUUCAGAUCAGCUGUAUGAAAGCAGAACUUGUAACUGUAUAAGUAGUCUUCCGUGACAAAUUUCA